AUGGCUGAGCUCCGCCACAUCAUCGUCGACCUCCGAUUGGCCAAUACGCCAAGCCCCGCUAUCCGCGAUCCCUACUGCCCCGAGCAUCCUCGAAAAGCCGAAGGCCAAGAUAAUAGUCUGUACCCAAUUGCGAUCCUCGUGGAUGAGCUCAAGCACGAAGACGUUCAGUUGCGUCUGAACUCGAUCCGCCAGAUCCGCAUCAUUGCUGAUGCAUUGGGACAUGAACGUACACAGAACGAGCUGCUGCCAUUUAUGAACGACUCGCUGGAUGAUGAGGACGAAGUAUUGCUCGUGAUGGCCGAAGAGCUGGGAGGGUUCGUGGAUGUCGUGGGAGGUCCGGCUUAUGCUUACUUGCUGCUGAAGCCCCUAGAGUCACUCGCUACGGUCGACGAAGCCUCUGUUCGCAAUAUGGCAGUGCGCUCGAUCUGCACAGUUGUGGAAGCGAUGGAGGCAGAGCACGUGACGGAGCAUUUCAUACCGGUACUGCGGCGGCUGGUCACCCGUGACUGGUUCACGUCACGCAUUGCCUCGUGCAGCCUCUUCCAGGUUGGCUACGCACGUCUUUCGACUGACAUGCAAGCGGAGAUGCGCGGAAUGUUCGGCCAGCUCUGUCGGGAUGAUACACCGAUGGUGCGCAAGGCUGCGUCCGCGGCCCUUGGCGGCUUUGCCUCUGUCAUGGACAGCCAUAGCGCCAGCUCGGAAAUGCUGCCAUUCUUCUUAGCGCUGGCGACGGACCGCCAGGACUCUGUGCGGAUACACGCAAUCGACAAUGCUGUGGCACUGGCACGCUUGGUUCCGUCCGACGUACUUUCGACGCAAGUGUUGCCGACCAUCUUUGAGACAGCGCGUGAUGCCUCGUGGCGUGUACGGUGGUCUGUCGCCAAUCGAUUUCCCGAGAUUUGUGAUGCAUUGACCGCCGAGACCAUCAACUCGACAUUUUGUGACGCAUUCGUCUCAUUGCUCGAGGACAAUGAAGCGGAGGUGCGCACCGCGGCCACGUCGAAGAUCCUCGGUGUUGCUAGGCUUCUGCAGCCUCAGCGUAUUGUGGAAAAGAUUGUGCCGUGCUUCCAGCGUCUGGCGCGUGACAUGUCGGAUCACGUGCGCUCAGCUCUCGCCUCUGUGGUGAUGAAGGUCGCUCCUUUCUUGGGCCGAGAUCUUACGAUUGAGCACUUGCUCCCUCUCUUUUUGCUUCUGCUCAAUGAUCAAAAUUCGGAAGUGCGGUUGAAUGUCAUAUCGAACUUGGAAGAGGGCAACUCGGUGGUUGGCAUUGAGUUGUUGUCGCAGUCGCUUCUGCCUGCCAUCGUGCAUCUUGCGGAAGAUCGCCAGUGGCGUAUUCGCCUCGCGAUUAUCGAAUAUAUUCCGCUGCUCGCUGUCCAGUUAGGCCGUGACUACUUCGAAGAGCAGCUGGCCGAGUUGUGCAUGACGUGGUUGGUUGACAACGUGUUCUCGAUUCGGGAGGCAGCAACGGUCAACCUGAAGAACUUGACAGAGCACUUUGGUGUGGAAUGGGCACAAGCGAGUGUGGUUCCGCGGAUUCUGGCCAUGCACUCGAAUGCCAACUUCUUGCAUCGCCUGACAUCUUUGCACGCUGUGAACGUGCUUUGCGAAGCCAUGACCCCCGACUUGAUCCAGACGCUCCUCGUUCCUCUGGCUUUAGAGCUGGCCCAGGAUCCGGUCCCAAACAUUCGCUUUAACGUCGCAAAAACAUUGGAGGUGCUCGGUAGCAAAGUAGACGCGGAAGCUCGCACGAGUACUAUAGCCCCGUGCCUGGCAGUGCUGUUGCAGGACAGCGACACCGAUGUCGUUUUCUUCGCGCAGCGAGCGCUCUCGACGCUCGGGUAA